UCCGUAUACGUUCGGAAAGGAAAUAAUUUAUUUACGGAAGCACACGAGUGAACAGCGCAAAUUCAUCCAUGGGACUUCAAACCAAAAUGGCGUGGCAGCCAGAGGAUAAUGGUCUCCAACAGAUAUUGCAGCUGCUGAAAGAAUCUCAGUCACCAGAUAAUGCCACUCAGAGAAACGUUCAACAAAAAUUAGAAGAGCUGAAUAAGUAUCCUGAUUUUAACAAUUACCUUAUUUUUGUGUUAACAAAGUUAAAAACUGAAGAUGAUCCCACCAGGUCUCUCAGUGGAUUAAUUCUAAAGAAUAAUGUCCGAGCUCAUUUUGAAAAGUUUCCCUCAGAAGUCACAACAUUUAUAAAACAAGAAUGUUUAAACAAUAUUGGGGAUCCCUCUCCUCUCAUCAGAGCUACCAUUGGUAUCUUGGUAACUACGAUUGUAGCAAAGGGAGAGCUGAGGAACUGGCAGGAACUUCUACCGUCCUUAUGUAACAGUCUAGACUCCGAUGAUUACAAUGUUUGUGAGGGAGCAUUUGGUGCACUUCAGAAGAUUUGUGAAGACAAUGCAGAAGAUUUGGAUAAUGAUAGUACUAGACCAUUGAAUAUACUCAUUCCUAAGUUUCUACAGUUCUUUAAGCAUAAUAGUCCUAAGAUCAGGUCCCAUGCAAUUGCCUGUGUAAAUCAGUUCAUUAUCAGUAGAACCCAGGCCCUAAUGGUUCAUAUAGACAGCUUUAUAGAGAACCUGUUUUUCCUGGCAGCAGAUGAAGACACAGAUGUGAGGAAGAAUGUGUGUAGAGCAUUAGUCAUGUUAGUGGAAGUCCGUAUGGAUCGACUCAUACCACAAAUCAACAAUAUUGUCGAGUAUAUGAUGUGUAGAACCCAAGAUGAUGACGAUAGUGUAGCCUUAGAAGCCUGUGAAUUCUGGUUGUCUUUGGCAGAACAACCUAUAUGUAAAGAAGUGUUAGGAACACAUAUAGAUAGACUUAUACCUGUCCUCGUUAAAGGAAUGAAAUACUCAGAAAUAGAUAUUAUACUCCUAAAGGGUGAUGUAGAAGAAGAUGACAUGGUUCCAGACAAAGAAUCUGAUAUCAAACCAAGAUUUCACAAGUCAAAAUCACACACACAGAAACACACAGAUGGGGAUGCUGAUGGUGAAUUAUCAGAUGAUGGAUAUGAUGAUGAUGACAGUUUAUCUGACUGGAACCUAAGGAAGUGUUCUGCUGCUGCUCUGGACGUGCUAGCUAAUGUCUUCCGUGAUGACAUUUUACCAGUGUUAUUACCUAUAUUGAAAGAGACAUUAUUUCACAAUUCAUGGGAGAUCAAGGAAUCAGGAAUAUUAGUAUUGGGAGCUAUUGCAGAAGGUUGUAUGACAGGAAUGAUUCCACACCUACCAGAGUUAAUACCAUACCUGAUCAGCUGUCUAGGUGAUAAGAAAGCUCUAGUUAGAUCAAUAACCUGUUGGACGUUAAGUAGAUACGCUCACUGGGUUGUAGGACAACCACAUGAACAGUAUCUCAAACCAUUAAUGGAAGAGUUAUUGAAGAGAGUUUUGGAUGCUAACAAGAGAGUACAGGAAGCAGCUUGUUCAGCAUUUGCUACCCUAGAGGAAGAGGCAUGUACAGAACUGGUUCCCUAUUUAGGCUUUAUACUGGAAACUUUGGUGUUUGCAUUCAACAAAUAUCAGCACAAGAACUUACUGAUAUUAUAUGAUGCUAUCGGAACUCUGGCAGACUCUGUAGGGCAUCACCUUAACAAACAGGAGUAUGUCAAUAUGUUAAUGCCACCACUCAUAGAGAAAUGGAAUGUUCUCAAGGAUGAAGACAAAGAUUUGUUUCCUUUGUUAGAGUGUUUGUCUAGUGUAGCUACAGCUCUUCAGUCUGGUUUCCUGCCUUACUGUGAACCAGUCUACAGAAGAUGUGUGUCACUUGUAGAACAGACAUUGAACCAAAAUUUUCGACACAGUUAUGGUGUCUUGCAGGCUAACCAAACCCAACCAGACUCUGUAGAUCCUCCAGAUAAAGAUUUCAUGAUAGUGGCGUUGGACCUGUUAAGUGGACUGGCUGAGGGACUAGAACACCAUAUAGAUUCCUUAGUAGCUAAUAGUAACAUCUUGAAGUUACUGUACCAAUGCAUGCAAGAUCCUAUGCCAGAAGUGCGACAGAGCUCAUUUGCCUUGCUUGGAGAUUUGACAAAGGCUUGCUUUCAACAUGUUAAACCUUGUAUUGGGGAAUUCAUGCCAAUCCUGGCACAAAAUUUAAAUCCUGAGUUUAUAUCUGUGUGUAACAAUGCUACAUGGUCGAUUGGAGAGAUAUCAGUUAAAAUGGGUCUAUCAACAAAUAAUAAUAAUAAUAAUAAUUUAAUUACUGGAACAGGAAACGAGAUGCAGCCAUACAUUACCUUGGUGAUAGGUCCACUUGUAGAUAUUAUAAACAGACCAAACACGCCAAAGACUUUGUUGGAAAACACAGCGAUAACAAUUGGUCGCCUUGGUUUAGUCUGCCCACCAGAGGUUGCUCCUAUGUUACAGCAGUUUAUUCGGCAGUGGUGUAGUUCUUUAAGAAACAUUCGUGAUAAUGAGGAGAAGGAUUCAGCUUUCCGAGGAGUAUGUCAGAUGAUCAAUGUGAAUCCAGGUGGAGUUAUUCAAGACUUUAUAUUUUUCUGUGAUGCAGUUGCUUCUUGGUCACAACCAAAAGCUGAUUUGAAAGAAAUGUUUUAUAAGAUUUUACAUGGUUUUAAGAAUCAAGUUGGAGAAGAAAACUGGACAAAGUUUUCUGAUCAGUUUCCCCAGCCUCUCCGUGAGAGGCUAGCCGUUCAAUAUGGAGUGUGACUCAAGACUUCCAAAAGUCAUGGGGUUAAGGGUAAGUGCUGCCAGGGAAUAUCCCACAGCACCAUGGGUCAACACACAUGGGGUUGGCAUCGCGAAGGGGAGGGCCAACGCGUAGGGGGGCCUCUGCAAUACACAGCAUUGUAACACGUAGGAAAUUUCCUUCUAAUAAUGCUGUGGCUGCAGCUCCAAAUUUUACACAUCUCGCGUAAUGGGUGGGUCGCGUCACUGGGAGGGCUCGCGUUACAUAUAUAUCAUUAAUACCACGGACAUCCUACAGGAUUGUUAAGAUAAAUUGCAUGCUUUCUCAGACUUUGUAUUGUAUAACAUCACUUUGCAGUGUAUGUAUGUCAAACUUCUGUUUUGUUAGCAACACCUGUUUAUAGUUGUUACUCAAUUUGAAUACUAUUCAGUGUUUUCACACAUUCAUAAGUGUUUUCCAGAAAUGUUGGGCGACGUAUCAGCCAAAAGUAAAAUGAUAACAUUGAGAUAAGAAGAAACCUUUUUAAAUGGAAACACAUUUGAAAAUGGAUGGUUUGUUAAUGGAUAACACAUUAUACAAACAUAGCGUUGAGAAAUAAAUCUUUAAGUUUGAUUUAUGAAAUAACACUUGUGCAAUGUUCCUGGACACAUGAUGGUUCAAGACAUUUAUUGUAUUUUGUAAUUUACUUAGGAAUGUUAGCUUCUUAGUGUAGCAGGGUUUAACUCCGGUUUAAUAAGAGUAGUAUAUAUUAUAAAACAUCAAUAUUAGUAGUAAUUCACAUUAUAAAAAUUAUUCAAUAUCAUUACUUUUCUAGAAUUUUUGACAUUCUUAUUUGAUUUUAUGACUACACUUUAAAGUAGAUAUAGGAAGUAUAUAGGAUUUUGGAAUAAAAUACUUGAUUAUAUGGAUAAUACUUGUUUCUUUUAUGACCAUAGUUGGACGUUUCAUAUGGUAGCAUAAUGUUAAUAAAAUACUUGAUAUAUUUAUCUUUUGGUAGCUCUUCAUUGAAUAAAAUGUUGGUUUGUACUGAGUUUAGAUAUAUCUGAUGAGUCUUUUGUAGACAAAAAGUACAUCUGGCGUUUAUAUAAAAUUUAGUCCUGGUAUCUAUGAUGAGUUUAUUAUCAUACAACAAUCCAGCCUUAAUUAUUGUGACAUAUUUUUUUUGAAAAAUCUUUGAGCCUGAAAGUUUAUUGAUUACAGGUUAUUAAAUUCAGAUUAUGAAGAAAAGGUUCGACAGAUUAGAAACACUAUCAAUUAUUUUAUGUUAAUUUUUCAGUAUUUUUUUCAAACAAAUAUUUAGCUUAGAAAGUUAACCCUGAUAUAGCACUAAGAAGCUAUUCAUAUUACAUAGAGGUCAGAUAGUUUCUUGAUUAAAUAAUUUUUGGGAGAGCAUUACCAGUGAAUCAACACGACUUGAGCUGUGACAAAUUACUGUGAUGUUUGUCACAUUGACCUACUUAUAGGUGAAAGGUCAAGAUCAUGACCUAAUAAGGGUUUGUAGGAGAAGACUAGCACUUGAGCAUUUCAUCUAAUAAUUGCAUAUAAGUAUGACUGCUUAUUUUUUUUUCAAUACUUCAGUGUCAUCCUAGAAGAAAGUUAAACGGAAGCAAUUAUUUUGUGGAAUGUUUGGGUACUCAGUCCUUGUUUUAUUUUUUUUUAUUUGUCUGUGAUCUAUACAUAUAUUUGUUAUUUAAUUUUUUGCAGUGAGUUUUAUUUUUUUAAAUAUUUUUUUCCCCGUUGUUUUUAAUUUUUACUAUUGUAUAUUUUGUACGUUGUGUUAAGUGACGUGUUAUUGAUGGUAUUUCUGCACAGGAAGUGUUCAUAAUUCUGGGAUUUUUUUUAACUGGUUAAUUGUAAGGUGUCAAAUUUUAACACUGGGUCUCAACACAAUACGGUCUGUAGAUCAUUAGUGCUGUUGUAAAUACAUCUUUUAUUGUGCAUGCUUUAAAAUAAAAUUAUGUAAAUGUA